AUGAAGCCAUCAUUACUCGAACUAGACCCAUCCGGGGACACGAUACUCGUCUUACAAUGCCCGAAUUUACAGAGCGGAGAAGAGAUACCGGUGAGACAGUGGGACAAGGAAAUAGGGGAUGGUGUUCUCGUCCCUAUGGACGAACCGGAGCCAGAUGCUGAGUUGAGAAAGCCAAAUAAAAAGAAGAAAAAGUUGGAAAAGAAGAAAAGGAGAGAGCAGAACGUUACUCUCGAGCACGAACCCGCCAUUGAACUCGAAGCUACCCCUGAGCCUGAGCCCGAAGCUGUUGCCGAAUCUGAACCUGCCAUUGAGCCCGAAGCUACUCCUGAGCCCGAAACCGCCUUUGAACCCGAAGCUACUGCUGAACCCGAAGCCGCUCCUGAUCCCGGAGCUGCCCUUGAGCUCGAAGCUGCUACGAAACUUGAGCCUACCACUCGAGCCGAACCAAGCGUAGAUAUAGUGACGGAUAUAUCUGUUCUACGAGAGCUUGAUCCCUGGGAUGAGUUCGGGGAGCCUAUAGAAGUUCGAUUACGAGUGUCUUCGGCCCAUUUAUGUCUUGCGUCGGCUGUGUUUUGGAAAAUAUUCCGGGGUCCAUUUGGAAAAUCAACGACCCCCCGAGAUGGAUGCUACGAGAUCAGAGCGUCUGAGUGGGAUACCGAGGCGUUUCUUGUCGUUCUGGACAUUAUACACGGCCACAACCGAAAUGUCCCGAGAAAUAUCAGCCUACAGUUGCUCACGAAAAUUUCGACUAUUGUGGAUUAUUAUCAUUGUCAAGAGUCAGUUGACACAUAUAUCGACAUUUGGGUCACUCAAUUGGAACGAUACUUGCCCAGCUCUUAUAACGAAGAAGUCCCAGUCUGGCUGUGUAUUUCAUGGGUGUUUCGACAAUCGAAAAUUCUCGACAAAAUGGUAGAGUUGGCCGUGAUGCAACUUCAGGACCCGCUGGUGAUGACAGGGCUUCCCCUUCCUCAACCGAUAAUAGGUAAGUAA